AUGUUCAGGGAUAGAUUGAUGAAGUUAUUUUUCUCGGAAGGUGAUGAAGGGAAACCGAUGCUUGAAGAAGCAUCAACAUUGGGACACUUGGAUGCAACAUUUGUCGUGAGAAUGAUGAUGAUGGCAGAAGGCCAAAUAGAGGAAGCAGGAAGCUUUAUACAUGUUGAACGAUGCCUACCGCAUAACAAGAUGUACAUGGAAUCUUACAACGUUGGUAGUGUGAUAAAGAAUCCUAGAAUUUCCUCCCAUGUGCCAACUCUUUUGCUGGGUCUUACAGACCCUAAUAUCCGUACAAAAUAUUCCCCGAAUAUUCUUCUUCAGGUAUUAGUGGAUCCAAUUCCUGAAGUUCGAUCUGUAGCAACCAGAGCUGUUGGGUCAUUGAUAAGAGGAACGGGAAAAGAGAACUUCCCAGAUCUUAUUCCAUGGUUUCUAGACACACUCAAAUAUGACGGUAGUAAUGUUGAAAGAUCUGGUGCUACUCAAGGGUUGAGUAAGGUAGUGGCUUCUCUUGGAACAUAA